UGCGACCAUGUGAUGCCCACGUGACUCCGUUAAAUGCCGAGCUCUCUGCAUCGCCGUAGUUUUUAGACGUUUUUAUCCUAGUUGUUUUUGUAAAAUGGAAAGCAGGCAUCAGCAAAUCGGUGUGAAAGAGCGCGUUGGAUACAUAACCCGAGUAGAGAGCUUUAGUGCUUGCCAUCGGCUUCACAAUAAGUCACUGAGUGAUGAAGAGAACAAAAAGAUUUUUGGGAAGUGCAACAACCCCCACGGUCAUGGACAUAACUAUAAAGUUGAAGUGACAGUACGUGGAAAAAUUGAUCACGUGACUGGUAUGGUUAUGAAUCUGACAGACCUCAAGCGCUACAUAGAGGAAGCUGUCAUGAUACCACUUGAUCACAAAAACCUGGAUAAGGAGGUGCCAUACUUUGAAAAUGUGGUCAGCACAACAGAAAAUUUGGCUGUGUACAUCUGGGACCGCUUGUUGAAGCUCCUUCCACCUGGUUUGCUGUAUGAGAUCAAGAUCCAUGAAACUGACAAGAACAUUGUUGUUUACAGAGGAGAAUAAGCAGACAUAUUGCUUAAUUAAGGUAUAUUAACUCUAGGAUGCACAAGUGGGUCAAAAAUGACCUGAAAACAGCAGAAAGAAAAAAACAGAAGUGAUCAACUGUGUGUGGAUGUGUGUGUGGAUGGGUGAAUGUGAGGCAUAAAUUGUAAAGCACUUUGAGUACUUGUAGGAGUAGAAAAGCACUACAGUAUAUAAAUGCAGUCCAUUUACCAUCACAUUCUACAACAAGACCAAAGGAGGUGUUGACACCAUGGACCAGAUGGUUGGCACCUACACCUGCAAGCGACAAAUAGAGAGGUGGCCCAUGGUGCUGUGGUACAACAUCCUUGACAUCGCCACCCAAUAAUUCCUAUACCUUUUUCAGGACUCAGCACCCUGAAUUCACCAAUGUAUGACGACUCUUGCACAAAGAGCAGUGGUGGUUUAAUCGUUAGGGAAGUACUCUUGUAAUUGAAAGAUUGCAGGUUCGAAUCCCCAACCAGCAAGGCACUACUGAAGUACCCUGAGCAAGGUACCGCCCCCAAGCACUGCUCCCCAUGCGCUGAAUUAGCUGCCGCCUGCUAUGUCACAUUGUUACAUAUGAGUUGAAUGCAGAGAACGCAUUUUGUUGUUGUGUGCUGAGGUGUGUCAGCAAUGACAAUUAAUCACUAAAUUCUAGUUGAAUUAAAUUCAAAGGAACCUGUCACACCACACAUGAGGAGUGCACUGGAAGGUUGCCCACAACUGCAAGCCCCGAUCAUUGAAGCAAUAGGAAGGUGUGGGGUGACAAAAGCCACAACCCAGCCAUAGGAAAGAAGCAGACAGGGCCAACCAAAGAGAAAGAGGCGUCAGAUCUGCCCAAGUAACAAAUAUUACAAAGUCAGCAAUAGGUGUGGGAAGUGCAAUGUGCCUGUGUGCAAUGAUCGCAGCCAGAAACAGGUAGUCUGUCACAACUGUAUACAGUGAGGAGACAAGAAGGCAAAACAGGGACUAUCACAUCAAAAGCUUCAGCAAACACGGGGACUUACCUGCAAGAGAAAAGAGAGGAACUGUCCCUGACUGGACAUUUACACACAAACACAUAAUGAAUGUUGACAUUCUUCUAUUGCUGUUCUGUAUAAUAUUCAUUUUUGAAUUAUCAAAAUGUGUUAUAAAGUGAAAAAUAAAAAAAUUUCAAACA